ACAUUUUUCUAAAAUGAAAUCUAAGUUAAAAUUCUUUACUUUGAAACCUUGAUGUAUAAUAUUUAAGCUCCAUUUUUAAGUGGCAAUAGACAAUCCAUUUAAAAAGAUUUUUGUGUCUUACAAAUGUAGGUGAUGAAAGAAAAUUAUAAGAGUGAUUUUAAGAUUUACAAGCAACCAAAUCAGACUCAGAAGUUAGAAAGUUCUUUGAUCAGUUUUCUUCUUGAACAUAUAGUAAUUUUUUUUCCUGUGUGUGCCACCACUAGGGCUUGAACUCGUUUUCACUCAAGCCUGACACUCUAUACCACUUGAAUCACAAAUUCAGAUCUACUUUUCUGUUGGUUAGUUAGAGGUCUUCUGACUUGCCUGCUAAGAUUGCCUUCAAAGUGAGAUCCUUAUAUUGCAAUGAUCCUGAAUAGCUAGAAUUACAGACGUGAGCCACCUGUGCCCAGUUGAACAUAUAUUAAAAUUUGAACUGUAACAAUUACGGAGGUUUAAGGCUUAUUUAGUGCUAUGCAAAAAAUCUGAAACCAGUGACAGCAUGUAAAAGUUUGCUUUCCAGACACAAUAAUGUCCUAUGUCCAUCUUAGGCAAUGCAAAAUUAUAGCACUGUAGAUUUCAUGACCCUCACACAACUUGGGCCAACAAUGAAGAAGUGAUUUCACGGCCCUCAGAGAAGGCAGACUGUAUUCCCCUUGUUUAAGAUGAAUUGGCCACUUUAAUACAGUGUCUGAGGGGAGAAAUGGGAGUGAGAGUCUCUUUGUUUUAAGUUGUGUUUUGGUGUUCUGGGGUAGCAGAAAGCAAGCCUGAAGCCUUAGCUCAUUCUGUGUAUGCAUUUUCUUUUGCACCACCUCCCAGCAUCCUUUUAACCUGUGGCGUGUGGUUUCAAGUUCAUUCUUGAAGCUGAUUGGCUAAAGUGUUUUGUGGGUGGGGCCAACUUAAGUUGCCUUUAGGGAGGUGGCCAAAGCUGAGCUUGGGAACAGGGCUGUGGAUUCCCUGUUUCUGUGAAUUCACAGGGUAAUCAAUUUUGUUCCUCUCUCUCACUCAGCUGUCAGCUGACUUGAGGAUUAGUUUCAUAGGAAGGAUUCUUUCUUUAGAAUAAUAUGGAGCGACUGCUUUUCCCGGGGCACCAGCCCUGCCUCAACUUAAAAUGUCGCUGAAAAACGAGCCCAGGGUAAAUACCUCUGCUCUGCAGAAGAUUGCAGCCGACAUGAGCAACCUGAUAGAGCAUCUGGACACUCGGGAGCUCCAUUUUGAAGGGGAGGAGGUGGAGUACGAUGCAUCUCCUAGUGAUCCCAAGACUCAGGAAGAGUGCAUCCCUUUCUCUGCUGUUUAUAACACUCAAGGAUUUAAGGAGCCGAACAUACAGACCUAUCUCACUGGCUGUCCAAUCAAAGCCCAAGUCUUAGAAGUGGAGCGAUUCACGUCUACCUCGAGGGUACCUAGCAUCAAUUUGUACACUAUUGAAUUAACACAUGGGGAGUUUAAAUGGCAAGUGAAGAGGAAAUUCAAACACUUCCAAGAAUUUCACCGGGAGCUGCUCAAGUACAAAGCCUUUAUCCGAAUCCCUAUUCCCACCCGAAGGCACACUUUCAGAAGACAGAAUGUCAAAGGGGAGAGGCCUCAUGAGAUGCCUAGUCUGCCUCGUUCAUCAGAAAAUGGAAUCCGGGAAGAACAUUUCUUUAGCAGAAGGAAACAACUGGAAGAUUAUUUGACAAAAAUACUGAAAAUGCCCAUGUAUAGAAACUAUCACGCCACAACAGAAUUCCUUGAUAUAAGCCAGCUGUCUUUCAUCCGUGAUUUGGGACCAAAGGGCCUAGAAGGAAUGGUCAUGAAAAGGUCUGGAGGACACAGAAUUCCGGGACUGAAUUGCUGUGGCCAGGGAAGGGCGUGCUACCGAUGGUCAAAAAGGUGGCUGAUAGUGAAAGAUUCCUUCCUGCUCUACAUGAAGCCGGACAGCGGGGCUAUCGCCUUUGUCCUGCUGGUGGACAAGGAGUUCCAGAUCAAGGUGGGGCGGAAGGAGACAGAAACCAAGUACGGCGUUCGAAUUGAUAAUCUUUCAAGGACGCUUAUUUUGAAAUGCAACAGCUACCGACACGCUCGGUGGUGGGGAGGGGCCAUAGAAGAAUUCAUCCAGAAACAUGGCACCAACUUUCUCAAAGAUCAUCGAUUCGGAUCCUACGCAGCCAUCCAGGAGAACACAUUAGCCAAAUGGUAUGUUAACGCCAAGGGAUAUUUUGAAGAUGUGGCAAAUGCGAUGGAAGAGGCCAGCGAGGAGAUUUUCAUCACAGACUGGUGGCUGAGUCCAGAAAUCUUCCUGAAACGACCUGUGGUUGAAGGAAAUCGCUGGAGGCUAGACUACAUUCUUAAACGAAAAGCACAACAGGGUGUGCGGAUCUUCAUCAUGCUUUAUAAAGAGGUGGAGCUCGCGCUUGGAAUCAACAGCGAAUACAGCAAGAAGGUGCUAAUGAGGUUGCACCCCAACAUAAAGGUGAUGAGGCACCCGGAUCACGUGUCCUCCAGCGUCUACCUGUGGGCUCACCACGAGAAGCUGGUGAUCAUCGACCAGUCCAUAGCCUUUGUGGGUGGCAUUGACCUGGCCUACGGGAGGUGGGAUGACCACGAACACAGGCUGACUGACGUGGGCAGCGUGAAGCGGGUCAUUUCAGGGCCGACCCUCGGCUCUCUCACGGCUGCAGUGACAGGGUCCAUGGACGCCCUCAGCCUCCAGAGUCGAGCAGACGGCCCUCAAGCCCUGCCCGUCCUCAGAAGUGCUGACGACGCAGACUCCAGGCUGAAAGGAAUCGGGAAGUCCAGAAAGUUCUCCAAGUUUAGCCUGUACCGGCAGCUGCACCUACACCACCUGCACAACACCGACAGCCUGAGCAGCUUGGACAGCGCCUCCAGUUAUCUUAAUCAUUACAGAAGUCAUCAGACUUUAAUCCAUGGUUUCAAGCCUCACUUGAAACUCUUCCGCCCUUGCAGUGGGUCUGAGCAGGGACCCACUAGACCCCACGUUGACAGCGGCUCCAUCCGCAGCCUACAGACAGGUGUGGGAGAGCUACACGGGGAAACCCGAUUCUGGCACGGCAAGGACUACUGUAAUUUUGUCUUCAAAGACUGGGUUCAACUGGAUAAGCCUUUCGCUGAUUUCAUUGACAGGUAUGCCACUCCCCGGAUGCCCUGGCAUGACAUUGCCUCUGUAGUCCACGGGAGGGCAGCUCGAGACGUGGCCAGGCACUUCAUCCAGCGCUGGAACUUCACCAAGAUUAUGAAGCCAAAAUAUCGGUCCCUUUCUUAUCCUUUCCUGCUUCCAAAGUCUCAAACUACAGCCCACGAGCUAAAGUAUCAGGUGCCUGGAGCUGUGCAUGCUACUGUGCAGUUGCUCCGCUCAGCUGCUGACUGGUCCGCUGGAAUCAAGUACCACGAAGAGUCCAUCCACUCUGCUUACGUCAGCGUCAUCCAGAACAGCAAGCACUACAUCUACAUCGAAAACCAGUUUUUCAUAAGCUGUGCCGAUGACAAGGUUGUUUUCAACAAAGUGGGUGACGCCAUUGCGCAGAGGAUCCUCAAAGCUCACAGGGAAGGCCAGAGAUACCGGGUGUAUGUCGUGAUUCCCCUCCUGCCGGGGUUUGAAGGAGACAUUUCAACCGGGGGAGGAAACGCGCUGCAGGCGAUAAUGCACUUCAACUACAGAACCAUGUGCAGAGGAGAAAAUUCUAUUGUUGGACAGUUAAAAAGAGAACUUGGCAAUCAGUGGAUAAAUUACAUUUCAUUCUGUGGUCUUAGAACACACGCCCAGCUUGAGGGAAAUCUAGUCACCGAGCUUAUCUACGUCCACAGCAAGCUUCUAAUUGCUGACGAUAACACAGUCAUUAUUGGCUCCGCCAACAUCAAUGACCGCAGCAUGCUGGGGAAGCGGGACAGCGAGAUGGCAAUCAUGCUGGAGGACACGGAGACAGUCCCCGCCGUGAUGGAUGGGAAGGAGUACCAGGCCGGCUGCUUUGCCCAUGGGCUUCGCCUGCAAUGCUUCAGGGUUGUCCUGGGCUAUCUUUCCGACCCAAGUGAUGACAUCCAGGACCCAGUGAGUGACAAAUUCUUCAAGGAUGUGUGGGUCUCAACAGCAGCUCGCAAUGCUACAGUUUAUGAUAAGGUGUUCCGGUGCCUUCCUAAUGAUGAAGUACACAACCUAGUGCAGCUCCGAGACUUCAUAAACAAGCCCAUCCUCGCCCGGGAAGAUCCCCCACGAGCUGAGGAAGAACUGAAGAAGAUCCGUGGGUUCUUGGUCCAGUUCCCCCUUUAUUUCUUAUCUGAAGAAAACCUCCUGCCUCCUGUGGGAACGAAGGAGGGCAUCGUGCCCAUGGAGGUGUGGACUUAGGAUGCACUCACACAUUCUCGCUGCUCAUGGACUUCCGCUCUGGAGACCGCAUUCCACACAGAGCACACAGAGGCUUCCCGGGACCACGCAGCCACAGUCAGGCUGUUGCACUCCUGGAUUCUUAGGAAUGGCUGAGGAAGACUCAGCCAUCCACAUGCGAGGCCAAGGUUCCUUAGUUCACAGUGUCCCACUCCGAUUCCCAACCCAGGGAAAAGGACUUGAUCCUUACUAGCAGUAUAUAAUCAACCAUGUAACCAUGGGAGCAAAUUCAUGAUAGAUGCCAAAACCUGUCUCCUUUGCUAACAAGGUUCUACCAGUCACUGUGGCCCGGCUCCCUGUGCCUUGUUCUUCCCUACCCCUGGUGUAGUCAGCCACCCUCCAUGGAUCCACCCCCUCCCCUAGUCCAUGAUAGCGGUGCUUGGGCUGUCACUGUAUACGGGUUGAGGGUUAUUUCAAGAUUCCUCAAGGUUACAUGGAGUGGCCUUGUCCAGCUGGUUCUCAGGUAGGAGCGUCCACCCCCCGCCCCCAAAGACUUGGCCAGUGUUCCUUUCCGGAUCAUGAGGGACAGGACAGACUAUGCGGACGCCCAGGUCUGCCCCUCAUGACAACAUGGAAGCCAUCCACAUACCACAGAAUGACAGGAACAAACAGAGAUUCCACUCCAUUGCCAAAGCCACUGCCAAGAUGGUGCUUAUGACUGAACACACCUGGUGAAACUGGAAAACACAGGGUAAGACAUUGGGUGUAUUGUAGUGACCAGAUAAAUAAAUCUCAGCAGGAGCCUUCAAAACUGCCAAGGUGUCCAUGAGAGUCUGAGAGAGACAAGAAGAUUCCUGAGCACCCCCCAGAUUCCCUCCCAUUCUUAGCUCCUGGCUUGAUUGAAAUCUGAAUUUGUUCAUUUCAGAGACUCAAAGAAGUAAAUGCAAUUUGUCUUUGAAGAAAAUCUACACUUAAUGACUUCCAGCAAGUUAAUGCAUGAGUCUGUUUGACAGCCCUCUCACGAUGUUGUCCCCUUUAAAACAAAGCCUCUGAUUAGAAACUAGCUACUACUUUGCUUGCAUGGUUAAAUAGGACCCAACAUUCCACCAGGGCAGCUGAAGAAAUUGUACAGAUUGUUCACCCCAUCAUCCUAGUCUACGAACUAUUCUGGAAAGCCAUUUCUCCUUUCUAGAUGUGCAGGUACCUUUGGUAGACCAAAGGUCUGAGUUUACUAAGCAGACUUCUGACCACAUAAAGAGCUCAGGGUGAGUGUGUUGUGGGGGGGGGGGGGUUGUCCCAGAGGCUUGGGACUGGUACACAUGGUGCUUGUGUGGUGAUAGUGCACAGAAAGAGAUUGCCAGGAUAGAAUCUCCCUUGGGCUGCUCUUCAAAGCAAUCUCCCAGUCCCUGUUUUCAUGAGCUGAUAUUACAUUCGAAAAGAUGAUGCCAGACUCCACAGCCAGUGGUAUUAGUUAGUAGUAGAGUCGGUGUCAGACCCGAGAGAGGACAGGGAUAAAUGGGGCGAGAUUUUGUGACCAAUGGUAAGAGAAGCAUACUUCCAUGAAUA